GCCUCUCUCCGGCUCGGGUCCGCCACGCCGGACCGCGCUCCCCGCGCUGCGCUGGGUCGGACGCCAGGACUGCGCGCCGCAGCUGAGCGCCCACUCGCCUUGCGGAGGAAGCCGCGGGGGCGGCGGCGGGAGAGCUCGCGGGGAGCCGAAGGAGGUGGCAGUCGGGAGCCGAACCAAGAGACCGAGAGGCAGAAGCUCAGGGCUCCGAGGCGCGCACUCCCUGGGCCAGCGAUGAGUCCCGGCGCCGCCAGGUCCCUGCUCGGACCGCCGGGCAGAGACUGAAACGUGGACCCCCAUCUUCCGGUGGGCGCCGGGACAGAGGGAGGCACUGACCAGCCUCCGGUGGGACCUCGCCCCCCGCACACCCAGCGCACCGCCCCCCCCCCAGCCGCGCCAGGCAGACCGGCGAGGGAGCGGGGCUGAUUGGCGGCCGGCGGCCAGGGGAGGGGGCGCCGUGCGGGGCCAUGGCAGGCUCCGACGCGUCCUAGCCCCAGCCGGAGCCGGAGCCGAGCCCACGCUGCCGCCCCCGCCGCCUCUCAGCGCCCUGGCCCCAGCCGCCGCCGCGCCGCCCGCGGGAGAUGGAACAGCGGAACCGGCUCGGUGCCCUCGGAUACCUGCCGCCUCUGCUGGUGCACGCCCUGCUGCUCUUCGUGGCCCACGCUACAUUCACUGAAGUCCCCAAAGAUGUGACAGUGCGGGAGGGAGACGACAUCGAAAUGCCCUGCGCGUUCCGGGCCAGCGGAGCCACCUCGUAUUCGCUGGAGAUUCAGUGGUGGUACCUGAAGGAGCCGCCCCGGGAGCUGCCGCACGAGCUGGCUCUCAGCGGGCCCGGCGCCCGGAGCAAGGUGACAAAUAAGGAUGCAACUAAAAUCAGCACCGUGCGUGUCCAGGGCAAUGACAUCUCGCACCGGCUGCGGCUGUCGGCCGUGCGGCCGCAGGACGAGGGCGUGUACGAGUGCCGCGUGGCGGACUACAGCGACGACGACACGCGGGAACACAAGGCCCAGGCGCUGCUGCGCGUCCUCUCGCGCUUCGCGCCGCCCGACGUGCAGGCGGCCGAGGCCGUGUCCCACAUCCAGAGCAGCGGCCCGCGUCGCCACAGCUCGGCCAGCGCCGCCACCGCCCACAACGCGGGCGCCGCGGGCCGCGCCACCGCCCAGCCCGGCCGCGGCGACAAGAGCCUGCCGCCCGCGAGCCCUCCCGCCGCCCCGGGUCCCAGAGUCCCCGAGGCUGCCGCCGCCUCCGCGGCCCACACAGCAGCCACCACCGUAGUCGCCGCUGCGGCUGCUUCGUCAGCGUCGCCGCCACCGGGCCAGGCAGUCCUGCGCCAGAGGCACCGCUCGGGCACCGGCCGCAGCUGCGCGGCAGACCCGCUGCUGCCGCUGCUCCUGCUAGCUCUGCACAGGCCGCUGCGCCGGCUGGCGGGACUGUGACACGCGUGGGCCAGCGCGGCUCAGCCGGCAACGCCUGCCGGACCCAGAGGAGGACGGCGUCGCCAGAUGGGCACAGAGACUGACAGAAGCAUGACGAAGUCCACGUGGAAAAUAAAUAAAUCAUAUUUUUGGAGAAGUUACACAAACGUAGAAGACCUAAAAUAACGCAUCUAGUUUCCAAAUGAGGCGGAGUUUGGGCCAUGCAGUGUGCGUGGGGUCCACGGUUUCUCUACUUCUAUGUAAUUUUCUUUUUUACACUUUUCCUCCAAGUCUUCAUUUUGCACGAACUGUUGAGAGGUUAUCUUUAGGGUAAUAUUUAAAAACGUUGGGUCAAAGCAUUUCUGACAAAACAAACUAUUUUUCGUAGAUUAUUAUGUUUAGGAUUUUUUUUUAAUUUACUUUUCUCUUUGGGGGCUUUUGUUUUUUAUUAAAUUAUUUCUUUUGCAACAUUUUGAUUAAAAAAAGAUACAUCUUAUAAUUAAAAUUAACUGUCAAUAAUAUUUAUUUUUAAAUAAAGAUUGGAAACAAGGUCAGACACUUGUUUAUAAACUGUAUUGUAUAUUGCUGAAUAACAGUUGAAUAAAAAACAACUUUGCAGUAA